CCUUGUGAUCCGGGUGAGUCAUUGCAGCCUCUUGCCCAGGGUCCGUCACAGAAAUAUUACGCAUGUGAAACGCCAUCAACGUCAGACGAAACACCACAGAGAGCAGCGAAAAUGCUUUUCUACUCGUUUUUCAAGUCUCUGGUGGGGAAGGACGUGGUGGUGGAGCUCAAAAACGACUUGAGCAUCUGUGGAACGCUUCAUUCUGUUGAUCAGUACCUAAACAUCAAGCUCACAGACAUCAGUGUCACAGAUCCAGAGAAAUAUCCACACAUGCUGUCGGUGAAAAAUUGUUUCAUUCGUGGCUCUGUGGUGCGGUACGUUCAGCUGCCUGCAGAUGAGGUGGACACGCAGCUGCUGCAAGAUGCUGCGCGGAAAGAAGCCAUGCAACAGAAGCAGUGAUAGCACUCAGUACAGUGGGACUUAAUGCAGGGUUGGGGGAGGUCAGAGGUGGGGUGUAUGAAAAUCUGAGCUCUUGUGUUACGUUAAUUUAAACCACAUUGGGUAUCAAAAGUCCCAGCAGCUGUUGUCAUUAGGCCGUAUCUGAUUAUCUCAUACUCUUUGAAAGUACAAUCCCAGCAUUUGUGUUUUCUACUUGGCAAAAUAAAAACUGCUGGGAAUGUUGCCUACCUCACAAUCCGUAUUUGGGCCCCCACAAAACAUGAUACUUUUUUUUGAGUUGUCAAACACUGAUAAAUCAGCACCAGCUAUUCCUUUUUUUUAGUCCACAGAGCCCAGGUGAUACAGAAAUCUGUUUGAUGUUUUAGGUUACAUGCAAUAUGCACUGUAGCUUCUGUUGUAAUGAUAUGACCAGUUAUGCCUUUGGGGUGACUGAAUUUUUUUUUUAGUUGUCUGUUUGUCAUUUGGACAUACUAAAAAAAAUGUUAACGGUAUUGUGACUUGCAAGGCAUUUUUUCCCUGUUUUUACCCAUCUUUUGUGUAUUUGCUUUCGUGUGGGAAUGUUUUUGUUGAAGGUUUUGAAAGCUUGGAUUUUGAAAUUAUGGGCUUGUCUUUGUUCCAACAAGAGAAAUUGAUUAAAUUUAAUUCCCAUGACUUGUGAUUCAGGAAGAGACUAUUAUUUUGUAAGUGACUACAUUUAUGAGAAAUUAAAAACUAUGAAAUCCUG